CUUGCUUCCCACGUGGUGCCUGGCGCUGGGCGCUGAGCUGACUGAAUUGAUCAUCGGGGCUAUAAGAGUGAACAGCUAGAAGACACUGAGCACUGUACUCUAGCUGCUGUUCCGUCAGCAGCGCUACAAGCCGAGCAUGCUCUUUAUGCUGUCCACCUGCUUGUACAAGUAAACGACACAAAGGUAACGUGGGUAUGUCUCCCGAAGAGUCACUCAUUACUCUUUUUCGCAUCAGACUGUGCAAGUGAAGAGUACGUCGUUGUAUUGCAUUUGUGUCUGUCAUCCAUGGACAUAAAAGCUGCAGGAUAACUGAAGCAUCAUUACUUAAUUUUAUUUAUUUAUUUUUUUAAACUAGACGCGUUUAAUAUCAACACCAUUCAAGGGGAGAUGACUUCUAAAGAAAACCCAUUUAAAUAAUUCUACUCAUAAGAUUAAUUCACGGACCUUUUUUACGAAACUGCAAUCAUUGGAAGGUAAGAAGAUUAACUAAUAACGGGGGUUUGCCGACUUUGUGUGUGACUGACUGACUGGGCGUGUUACAAAAAUUAAAAAUGAAGUUUGCAAAAAAGGAAACAAAAGAAAACAAAGACACGCAAGGUUGAAAGUACGUUUUGAAAUACUUGAAUCAAACCAACCGUAGCUUUGUUUAUGUGGAGAGCUAACAUUUUAAAAAAAAUAAUAAAAUAAAUAAUAAUAAUAAUAAUCACGGAGGCACCUGCUUGAUAAAACAAUAAUGCCAAUUCAUUCUUGUUGUCAAUUAAAGGGCAGCUUCAAAAUGAAAAUUCAAAAGUAACAAAGAAAAACCGAAUCAAAUAAGGACUGACGCUCUGACAAUGUUUACUUUUUAAAAGCAUCCGUUAAACCGUUUAAUGUUCAACGUAGCGAAUCAAUCACUAAAAGAAGCAUUCUCUGCAAUGGACUGCCCCAGUUGUAACUAUAGCCAGACGAUCAAUGACACUGAGCCAGGUGAAAAAGGGGCUCCCUACUCCAUCCACAUCACUGUAUCCCUGAUCAUUCUAGUGGGGAUCCUCAUUCUCCUUACACUGUUUGGCAACGUCCUCGUUGUUAUAGCAGUGUUUACAAGCCGGGCAUUGAAAGCCCCACAAAACUUAUUUUUGGUCUCUUUAGCAUCUGCAGAUAUCUUGGUUGCCACCUUGGUCAUGCCCUUUUCCCUGGCCAAUGAACUAAUGGGCUACUGGUACUUUGGCAAAGUCUGGUGCGAGAUCUAUCUGGCCUUGGAUGUCUUGUUUUGCACAUCUUCAAUCGUCCAUCUGUGCGCCAUAAGUCUGGAUAGGUACUGGUCCAUCACCCAGGCCAUUGAGUACAACCUCAAGAGAACUCCACGAAGGAUCAAAUGCAUCAUAUUUAUUGUCUGGGUGAUCUCGGCAGUCAUAUCCUUCCCACCCUUAAUUUCAAUGGAAAAAGAACAGGGGAAGCAAGAAGACCCACGCUGUAAAAUCAACGACGAAAAGUGGUACAUCAUCUCCUCCUGUAUAUGCUCCUUUUUUGCCCCCUGCAUCAUCAUGAUUCUCGUUUACAUUAGAAUCUACCAGAUCGCCAAGAAGAGAACAAGGGUGCCCCCCAGCAAGAGAAACAACGAUGAGGUUGACAGAAAGCAGAAUGGCUUUAUGGACAAGGACUGCCCCGAGAAACUGAAUGGGGAAGAGGAGGACCCAGCUGGAGAUCAGGAGAUGGAUGGAGAAGACUUAGAAGAGUCCUCUUCUUCUGACCACAACGUCAGUAACCCUUGCUCGAUCAAGAAAAAGAGCAACAAGACACGGGGGAAGGCAAGGACCAAGCUGAGCCAGAUCAAACCAGGGGAUAACCUCCCCAAAAGGGAGGAAGAGCCAGCUGUGAAGGUGUCGCGGUGGAAAGGAAGGCAGAACAGAGAAAAGAGAUUCACUUUCGUGCUUGCAGUGGUGAUCGGGGUGUUUGUGGUUUGCUGGUUCCCCUUCUUCUUCACCUAUAGCUUGACUGCCAUCUGUCUCUCGUGCAACGUCCCCGAGACUCUGUUCAAGUUCUUCUUUUGGUUUGGGUACUGUAAUAGCUCCCUCAAUCCGGUUAUAUACACGAUAUUCAACCAUGACUUCAGGAGGUCUUUCAAAAAGAUCCUUUGCAAAGGAGACAGAAAGAGGGUUGUUUAAAAUGAUUUACAGACUGCAGAUUGUUUUGCAAGCUAUUCAAGAAUUGUAGAGUUCAACAUAGUUUGUAUUGUUGUUUGCAGGUCUGUGAAUACAUGGCAAUUCAGGGUUAAAUGACUAAAUAUGAGUUUUUGUAUGUGAAAACAAGCCACAUUAAUUAGUUUGUUUAAAGCUACAUGUACAGUAAGUAUUAGUUUAAACAUGGCAUAUAUAUAUAGAUAGAUAGAUAGAUAGAUAGAUAGAUAGAUAGAUAAAUGCUUUCUAUAAUUUAAUGAAUAUUUUUGUAAAAUCAGUAAUGUAUUGUGUCAGUAUUUUUUUUUAAUACUUUAAUAUUUGCCUCUCAUUUGCCAGAGUAUACCGCUGUUGAAUAUGACUUGGUUCUCAGUGCUUAUAGGUAAGGGAGGAAAGUGUCUGUUCAAAAAUCCAUUUGAGCAAAUACAACAGAAGAAAAAUACAGUAAGAGCCAGCAUUUCGAGAUAGUAAAUAGCUAUUGGUUUUCUGUCCAUGUUAAUACAUGCUUUUAUAUAGGUGAAAGCUAUCUGAAUGUAAUCUAGCUUUUUGUUUUGUUUUGUUUUUGUUGGCUGGGAAUUCAGAAAUAAAAAAUAAAAAUCCAACAUAGUGUUGACGUUGACAUGAAAUUGUGUAUACUGGCUAUAUAUAUAUAUAUAUAAUUUUAACUUCAGGCCAUACGCAAUACUAGCAUGUUUGAUCCCACUCCC